GUUUUACUUACAAACACACCAGUCCGUCUGUGUCGCUCUGUUUGUUCGGUUGUGCGCUUGUCUGUGGAAACAUGUUUACAAAACGCGCUGCAGUACUCGCUAGGAGGAUUACCCUGAGCCAUACAUAUAGCCAAAGUCGUCUCCUGCAAUCAGAUCCGAAUGUGAGCUAUCUCCACAAUCCAGGAUGUGAACCUUUAACUAUCGCAACGCUUGGUGACGUACUAGCAGAGAGCGCUAACAAAUAUCCGAAUAGAAUUGCCAUUCGGUCCAUACAUGAAGAUUUAACUCUAACAUACGAGGAACUUUUAACUCAGGCUGACUCUUUAGGUUGUACACUAAGAGCUAAUGGUUUCAACAAAGGGGACAGAUUGGGAAUAUGGACUCACAACAUGGCAGGCUGGAUUGUGUCAGUCUUGGCUGCGGCACGAGUUGGAUUAAUAUCGGUGUUCAUAAAUCCGGUUUACGAGAAAUCAGAGUUAAGUUUCUGCUUGAAGAAAACUGGCAUGAAGGGUCUCGUUAUCGGCAAUUCUAUCAAAAACAGGGAUUAUUACAACAGCUUGAAACAUCUUAUACCAGAAUUAGAUGGCUCCAAGCCUGGAGCACUGGUUUCAGAACAAUUUCCUGAAUUGACCACUAUUAUCAGUCUGGAAAAGAGCAAAUUAAACGGUGUAUUUACAUUCAACACACUACUGGGAAAUAACACUAACCAAGUCUCAAAAUACGGGAGCGAAAUAAAACCGGAAGAUGGCAGCAUAAUUCACUUCACUUCGGGGACCACGGGAGACCCAAAAGCAGCACUAGACUCACAUUUAGGGGUCGUUAAUAAUACUUACUUUAUUGGAAGACGAAACGGUUAUGAUGAGGAUAAUCAGAAAAUUUGUGUACAGGUGCCGCUCUUCCACGCCCUGGGAUCAGUGGUGACAACGCUGGCUGCUCUGAGACACGGCGCCACGCUGGUGCUGGCCUCGCCUAUCUACAACAUACCUGCAAACAUAAAUGCACUGCUUGCUGAGAAAUGUACAGCUGUGACGGGGACUCCCACGAUGUACGUGGACAUGAUAUCCCAGAUCCGCGAGCAUGGCGACCUUCCACUGCGCCUGCGCAUGGCUCUCGCCGCAGGCGCGCCCUGCUCUCCACAACUCAUCAGAGACAUGAACAAAUAUCUAAAAGCGGAUUCCGUGCUGGCACUGUACGGCAUGACGGAGACCACAGCCAGCGUGUUCCAGUCCAAACCCGGUGAUGACAUCGACAUAGUCGCUGAUACCGUCGGCUACAUACAAGAUCACGUGGAAGUUAAGGUAGUAGAUGAAGAUGGUGAAACAGUUCCAUUUGGUGGCGCUGGUGAGCUGCUCGUGCGAGGCUACAAUACCAUGAUCUGUUAUUGGGACGAGCCGGAGAAGACAAAGAACACUCUUACCGAGGAUGGUUGGCUAAGUACUGGGGAUAAGUUCACAGUAUCUGAAGACGGUUACGGGCGCGUGGUUGGCCGGCUGAAAGACAUCAUAGUACGUGGUGGAGAGAACAUCGCGCCCAAAGAGAUAGAGGACCUGCUAAACACGCACCCUGAUGUUGUGGAAAGCCAGGUUGUUGGAAUUGCUGAUGAGCGGUUGGGAGAAGAAUUAUGCGCUGUGUUGAGAACACGAGAUGGCGCUACUGUGACGCUUGAUGACGUCAGGAAAUUCUGCAGCGGACACAUAGCCAGGUUCAAGAUUCCGAGGGUCUUGAAAAUAGCAGACGAUUUCCCGAAGACUGCGUCCGGAAAGAUCCAAAAGUUUAAACUGAGAGAUUUAAUCGAAUCCGGCAAAUUAUAGAAAUGAAUUGAUAGAAUAGAAGCGCCAGUAGCCUAAUGGUUUGGAGUACGGACUACCGAUCUUGCGGUCGAGGGUUUGAAUCCCGCCAUUCGACUAUUUUCGUGAA